GCGUACUUCCAGCUUGGCCUCUGGUUCAGAGUUAAACAAAACCGUAACUGAGGCUAUUUGCAACAGUCGCUUGUAAAAUUUCAGAAAUGGGUCUCUUAGCAACUUUUUUUUUUUUUAAUGCGGUAACUCUUUCUGAAAUUAAUUUGCUAACUAGCUGCAAUGUGGAAGAUAACUCGGAGUUUGUCUUACUUAAAUACAAGUUACUGCUAGUGUCUCCUUGCUCUCGUGAUCUUUUAUAAGUAAAUUCAAGAGGCUAUAAGUAUAUUUUUAGAUAAUAGUCUAUUGUAUUGUUCAUGUGAUAAUCUCUGUUUUCAAUGGAGUUUUUGCACAGAGCAGUACUGAAGUAAAUGUAUUUAUUAUGUUUUUUUAACAGCCUGGAUUAUGGGACAGAAUGGGGUCACGAGCGACCCCAACUUGGGGGGAAGCUGUUGCUAGGUGGGAGGUCAGGGCUGCUCUGCAGAGGGGCUUCAGUAGGCUGGAGAAAUGAGCUAAAAAGAGGCCUCAUGAAGUUCAGCAAAGGCAAAUGCAGCAUCCUGCAUGCAGAAUGAAAUAAUACCCUGCGAUGUGACAGGCCAGGGGCCGACUGGGUAGAAAGCAGCCUUGGAGAAAGGACAAGAGAGCCCUAGUGAACAAGGGGUUGUAAAUGAAUCAGCAGUGUGCUCUUGUGGUGAUGAAAACGAACAGUAUGCCGGGCUGCGUUAGUGAGAGUGUAGCAAGCAGGUCAAGUGAAUUGGGUGUUCUUUAACUCUGAUUCUGUUGAAAUACGUUUGCCUUGAUUCUUAUUUCAAAAUCUAGGAAGAAAAGAAGAUUCUCUUCUAUCACCCAAAUGAGGUAGAAAAGAAUGAAAAAAUUAGAAACGUGGGACUAUGCGAAGCUAUAGUACAAUUUACAAGGACCUUUAGUCCAACAAAACCUGCAAAAUCCCUACAUACACAGAAGAAUAGACAAUUUUUCCAUGAACCUGAAGAAAACUUCUGGAUGGUCAUGGUUGUACGGAACCCCAUAAUAGAAAAACAUAAAGAUGGGAAGCCAGUCUAUGAAUAUCAGGAAGAAGAAUUACUGGACAAGGUUUAUAGUUCGGUCCUGCAGCAGUGCUACAGCAUGUACAAGCUUUUCAAUGGCACAUUCCUGAAAGCCAUGGAAGAUGGAGGUGUAAAAGUUCUAAAGGAGAGACUAGAGAAAUUCUUCCAUCGGUACUUGCAGACAUUGCAUUUACAGUCUUGCGACCUGCUGGAUGUGUUUUGUGGAAUCAGCUUCUUUCCAUUGGAUAAAAUGACUUACCUGAAAAUUCAGUCAUUUAUUAAUAGGAUGGAAGAAAGCCUGAACAUAGUCAAGUAUACUGCAUUUCUCUACAAUGACCAGCUUAUCUGGAGUGGACUGGAACAAGAUGACAUGAGAAUUUUGUACAAGUAUCUCACAACAUCUCUGUUUCCAAGGCACAUGGAGCCUGAGUUAGCAGGAAGAGAUUCUCCAAUACGUGCUGAAAUGCCAGGAAAUCUGCAACACUAUGGAAGGUUUCUUACUGGGCCUUUAAAUCUUAAUGAUCCAGAAGCAAAAUGCCGAUUCCCCAAAAUAUUUGUUAACACUGAUGACAGUUACGAAGAGCUUCAUUUAAUUGUAUAUAAGGCUAUGAGUGCAGCCGUCUGCUUUAUGAUUGACGCUUCAAUUCCACCUACACUGGAGUUUUGCCGUAAACUGGACAGCAUUGUUGGGCCUCAACUCACCGUGUUAGCAUCAGACAUAUGUGAACAAUACAACAUCAACAAGAGAAUAUCAGGGGCUGAGAAGGAGCCUCAGUUUAAGUUUAUCUAUUUCAAUCACAUGAACUUAGCAGAGAAGAGUACAAUUCACAUGAGGAAGACGCCCAGUGUAUCACUUGCAUCUGUCCACCCUGACCUCAUGAAGAUUCUCGGUGACAUCAACAGUGACUUCUCCAGAGUUGAUGAAGAUGAGGAAAUUAUUGUGAAGGCAAUGAGUGAUUAUUGGGUAGUUGGGAAAAAGUCUGACCAGAGAGAACUGUAUGUUAUUUUGAAUCAAAAAAAUGCAAAUCUGAUUGAAGUUAAUGAAGAAGUGAAGAAACUUUGUGCAACACAGUUUAAUAAUAUUUUCUUCUUGGAUUGAUCUGCAAAGGGCUGAUUUAUUAAAGAUGUCAACAUCAGACACUUCAACGUGAAAAGUUAUUAGUCAUAUUAUUGACUGGAAUAAUGACAAUAGUAAAGCAAUACUUGCUUUGUAAGAAUCAAAUUUCUACUAAAAUCUGUAAACUGAUCAUAAAAUUUUUAGAUUUUAAAAAUGUUUAUCUGCAAACUAAUUAAAACCAGUCUGAAUUCAUCUGUACCAUUCCAUUCUGAUAUUAUUAUGUGGAUAUUUUACUGGAAAAUAAAACUAAUUGUUACACUUUUAA